UCUUGAAUUCCAAAUUACCCUCAUUGUAGACAGAAAGCGAACACAGUAACAAUGGGAUCUGUUCAACCAGUCGAAGAACUUGACGCUUUGCUCGUCGGAGCAGGUUUCGGUUCAUUUACCAUGCUGAAUAAACUCCGUAAGCAAGGCCUCAAAGUCAAGAUCUACGAGAAAGGCUCGGCAUCCGGCGGUAUCUGGUACUGGAAUUGCUAUCCCGGAGCUCGCGUCGACAGCGAUACACCCAUCUAUCAGCUUUUCGACGAAGAAUUGUGGAAGGACUUUACAUUCAAGGAGCGAUAUGCUGGCUGGAAAGAGCUCCGAAGAUAUUUCAAUCAUGUUGAGAAGGUAUGGGAAGUCAACAAGGAUACCGAGUUCAACAAGCACGUGGACAGCGCUCGAUUCGACGAGAGCACUAACCGCUGGCAUGUCGAAUGCUCUGAUGGUACUGAGGUGUCAUGCAGAUGGUUCAUUCCUUGCAUUGGAUUUGCCUCAAAGAAAUACACACCUCCCGUCAAGAACCUCGGCGACUUCAAGGGCCAGGUCUACCACACCGCAGUCUGGCCACAACACGAUGUUGGCAUGAAAGGCAAGAGAGUCGGUAUCAUCGGUACUGGCGCAUCUGGUAUUCAAGUCGCUCAAGAAGUUGGACCCAAAGUCGACCACCUCACAUGCUUCAUCCGCACACCCAACUUCUGUCUCCCCAUGCGCCAGCACCAACUCGACGCACAGGAUGAGAAGAGCAAGAAAGAGAGCGGCUACUACGAGAAGCAAUUCGAAGCCACUCGCGGCACAUUCGCCGGUUUCACAUACGACUUCCUCGAGAAGAACACCUUCGACGACAGCCCAGAGGAGCGAGAGAAGCAGUAUGAAGACCUCUGGGAGCAAGGCGGCUUCCGUUUCUGGCUCAAUACAUACAAAGACAUGCUGUUCGAGCAGAAAGCCAACGACGAAGCGUACAAAUUCUGGUACAAGAAAACCCGCGAGAGGAUCCCCGAUCCCAAGAAAGCAGAGAUCCUCGCACCAACUAAACCACCACAUCCAUGGGGAACCAAGCGUCCUUCUCUGGAACAGAAUUACUACGAAGUCAUGAGCCAAGACAACGUCAAGCUCGUGGACGUUAACAAAUCCCCCAUCAUAGAGGUCACAGAAACCGGUCUCAAGCACAAGGACGGCUUCGAGAAACUCGAUAUCCUGGUCCUCGCCACAGGCUUCGACUCCGUCACUGGCUCUCUGGCUCAACUCGACAUCCGCGGCACGACAGGAGGUACGAUCGCAGAUCACUGGAAAGACGGAACCAGGACCAGCAUGGGUAUCGCAAUACCCACGUUCCCCAAUAUGUUCUUCUUGUACGGUCCUCAAGCACCUACGGCGUUCAGUAAUGGACCAAGCUGUACGCAAUUCCAGGCCGAGUUUGUAGAGAAAGCUAUUAAGCUUGCUACUGAGAAGGGGAUCACUAGAUUGGAGAGUACGCCUGAGACGGAGGAGGAUUGGUGUAAGCGUAUGCAGGAGAAAUGGGAUGAAACGCUCUUCCCGCUUGCGAAGUCUUGGUACCAGGGUGCGAAUAUUCCUGGGAGGAAGGUUGAGCCUUUGAAUUGUAAGUUUCCCUCUUUUGCUCUGUUGCAGAUGAGAUGAAAAGAUCAUACGCUGACUUGAGCUAGGGGCUGGUGGUAUGCCGGAGUAUCGCGAGAGUUUGGAUAAGAGUCUUCAGAAUAACCUUCAAGGGUGGAAAUACUCGACUGCGAAGGCGUAGGGUAGAUUUUAGAUUCUAGAAUUAGCUUUUUGUAAUGUAUGCUUGCUUGAAUAUGCCUGUUCGUGCCAGAUCGUGUAUAUCAGAAACUUUUGUUGCUUGCUGUGUAGUAGUCGACAGUCAUGGUGAGUUACUGAAAACAGACAAGCGCAUGCAGAAAAAGCAAGUGAAACUUAGAUUGGAGCAUGAUCUUAUGCUCGGAAUCUACGCCUGAAACCCUGGGACUUGUAAAUUGAGAAGUGCCAAGUGAGCACCGUGUAAAUGUUUGAACCGCAUAGCCAAUGGGCUUCCAAUUAAGGUACGCUCAUUAGAUGUGUGGCUUUCUCCAAAUACAAUACUGGGAGAAUUACCGUCAAAGAAUAAACAGAUUCAAGCGAGAGGCCGGAUAGCGACGCAAAAAGACCAUUCAAAAUCCAUCAAAUUCCCCUAAGCUGGCACCGACAGUAUGAAGACAAUAGUAGAAAAAGACGUUGAGCAUAGAGGAAAUGUUUAAUCGAAUAGAAAGUUUAAUCCAAUAGCAUUCGCUGGAAAACACCUGCAAUAAGAAAACUGUAGUAAAAUGUCCAAUUCUGUCGUAAAAUCAUGCGUCAUUAUUCGUAAAACUACCUUCCAGCAUCUCUUUCUCCCCAUUCAACCCACCGUCUAAUCACCUCAUCAACACUCUUGACUCCAUCUCGACUAGCAUCUACCUCAAACCAUUCCCUAUGUUCCCUUCCACAAGCCUUACACUUCCCAUCUCCCAGGACUCUCUGUGCAUUCAACUCAAUAUGUAUUAACCGUUCCACUUUGUGUGCAUUGGGAACCUUCCUAGGUGUUCUAGGAAGUUGAUCUAGGUUUGUAUUGGAGAGAGUUGUGGCUUGAUACGGAUAGUAUCGAAUAAGGGAGAGAUUGUAGCCACAUUGCUUAGUCCACUGGUUUAGACGGCGGUAUACGUUUUGAGCGCGACCAAUCUUCAAUAGUAUGGUCUUCUUAUUUGCAGAACCAGGAAGGGUCGUGGAAAAGGCAUUGAGAGCAUCUGAUGUCCUGCGUUGUCCUGGUAUCGGUCGAGAUGGUGGCGCAAGAAGAUUGGAUGCUAAUUCUGCAGGUGGUGUGGUAGGAAGUGACUCUGGCGUCAACCAAAACAUAUAUAUGUACCCCUCAUUGUCCAGCUUCGAGACUGGUUUUGCCAGCUCUGCUAAAAGUUGUGACGUGAUUUGGGGGGAUGCUGACUUCGGUAUGAGAGAUAGAAACUCUCCUGUUCUGGAAGAGGGGUCGCGAUGUAUCGAAGGUCGGUGACUCGUUGGGUGCAUACUCGAGGAUACUUUCAAAACCUUGGGUGGUAUUGGUGCUGUUGUCCGUCUUCCAGGUCUGUGAGUCGCAGGUCGAGGUGCUCUUUUAGCAUCGUCUGCAAUCCCAAUACAGCAAAAGAGACCCAAGUUACUGGCAGGUUGUGGCCGUGGCUUUGUUCGCUCCGGUCGUGAACUUUCAAUCUUUGGUUUCUCAUUCUCAGAUUUCGGGACUGGCUUUCGACGUUUCUCUUGUUUCCGUUCCGCCACUUCCAACAAUCCCAACCUGUCAAUCAGUGUAUCAACGCUUGUUCGCUCUUUUAUCGUAGCAGACUGGACACCUUGUGGCGAAGCCCCAGGAUGAGCACCUGCUUGAUUCUUGUGCUGCCAGCAGUAUGCUUCCGGAGUCGGGGGUGGUCUCCCAGGACUCGACUUCCUCCGCGGACUUGGACUCGGCGAGGAUUGUGGUGUCUUUGCAAUUGCUCUUCGACAUGGUGUUCCACUCGUCGUCAGACCUCGACAGGUAGCAUCUGGAUUCUUCGAGUCUGAUCUCUGAAGCAAGGACUCCGGCGUAUGGGGAAUGUACGUAGCCAUUCUGGUGGUUAGUUCAUAAAGAAAUGUACCAACCUGGGAUACAGUAAUAUAUUACUGCUGGUAUAGAAACCUUGGAACGUGGCAGUGACGAGAUCCAGGACCUUGAAUCCAUCGUGGCCAGUGAUUCAUUGGAGACGCGUUGAAUCUGAGGAGAGGCUG